GUCAAGGCAAACAUGCCCCUUUCACCGACUUGGAAGCAGAGGACUGUGAGGAGCCGCACGACUAUAUCUAUAUAUAUAAGUGUGUGUAUAUGCUCCACAGACACUGGCGGUGAUGUUACACUGUAGACCUCAUUGAAAAUGGCAGUGGUACCUGGAUCGAGGGCUCUCAUCAGCCUCCAUCGAUCAGUGACGUUGCAGCACAGCUUUGGGCUCAUUAAAGUACAGUUGAGCGCAACAUGCCAUCCCAGGAGGCUUUGCAGUGCUCCUACAGGAAGCGACGAGCCGAAGCCUCAGGUGAACCCAGACAAUCAGUCUCUGCUGGAGAACCUUAAUCUCAUGGGAGUUGAUGUGAAGAUGGCACGCCAGCGCCAGCCUGGGGUGCUUCGGAAAGCCUUUACUAACGAGACGGGCCUUUUUCAGUUUCUGCAAGGCAAAGGUGUCAACCGCAAAAUAAUCGCCAGCAUCAUAUCCCGUUAUCCCCGCGCCAUCACUCGCUCGAUUGCACACUUGGAACAGCGCUGGGAGCUGUGGAGAAACAUCUUCAAGAUGGAUUCAGAGAUUGUGACCAUCCUGGAACGCUCACCUGAGUCUUUCUUCAGGUCCAGUGAUAAUGGGAACUUGGAGAAGAACAUAGUUUUUCUGUCCUCACUGGGACUGGACGCCAAAGACCUCCACCGGCUGCUGACCACAGCGCCACGCACAUUCUCCAACAGUUUAGAGCUCAACAAGCAGAUGGUGGAGUGUCUGGAAGACAUCUGUGCAGAGCUUGGUGGGAAGAACCCAGAGCAGUUUGUCAAAGCCGUCAUAUCCAGAAACCUUUACAUUCUCAUCCGAAGCACCAAGAGAGUCAGGACAAACAUUGAUAACCUGAGAACAUCUCUUAAGUUUAGUGACUCAGAACUGCUGGCUCUUUUGAAAGGCCCUGGAGCAGAGAUUCUGGACCUUUCAAAUGAGUAUCUGAAAAAUAAUUUUAACAGCCUUCAGCAGAAGAUGAUGUCACUUGGUUGUCAGAAAGCUGACAUCAAAAAACUAAUCAGUAGCUAUCCGAUGGUUUUGUACAUUGGGCCAAGCACAUUGAACUCUAAACUGGACUGUCUCCUGAGAGGAGGAAUAACAAUGAAGCAGAUACUGGAGAAGCCCAAGGUUUUGGACUACAGCACACAGAACAUUAUGGGGCGACUAGAGGAGCUGAAGAGAGUGGGAUAUGACUUCCAGAAGAAUGGCAUCAACAUCCUGGACUCGAGCAAAAAGCGGUUUCUUGCAAAGAUAGAAAAACUUCGUGCCUCACCAGAUGAAUGAAUGUAGUUGCUUGUAAUGUCAGACAAAGUUGGGGGAUGCUUUUACUUGAGCUUCAGCUUCAGGAUGAUCAUGUCUUCUGGUUUCAACAUUUAUUAAUUUGUCUUGUCACUAAAGUAUAAUUUCUGCCUGAUCUUUUGGAAUUCUUUUAUACACUCUAUCUUGUUGGACUGGAACUAAAUUCAUUAUCCAUCAAUCUGCUAAAAGAUUUCCUUGAUUAAUUGUUUGGUUUCUAAAAUGUCAGAAAAAAGUGAACAUGGCAAUCACACGUUUUCUAAUGCCCAUGGUGACAUCUUCAAAUUGCUGGUUUUGUCCAAUUAGCCGUCCAGAAUCCAAAGAUAUUCAUUUUAACAUCACAUAAGAUAAAGGAAAUAGCAAAUCCUCACUAUUUAGAGGAUGGAAGUUGUGAAUGUUUGGCAUUUUAGAAAAAUUACUUCAACAAAUAGAGUAUCAAAACAAGUGUCACUUGAUUUUAUGUCGACUGAUUGAUCAAUUAAUAGAAUGUGAACUGUUUUAGCUCUACUAUCGAGUAGUUUAUUGACAAUGAUGUUCUCUUUGAAACAUUGACAGCUGCUAAAAAAUCCCUCGCACUCAAUAUGCAUAUGCAUUGCUGUAAGAAUAUAUAUUUUUUCUUGUUCAAAUGUUUGUAAAUGACUGUACAUGUUGGAGAGCUGAAUUCAUGUGUAGAUGCAAUCUUGAAAUAAAAGUGAUGUCCAAACAAGGACAUAACAUCUGA